CUUUGAGGGGAUGUAAGCCAAAUGGAUUGGCGGAUUUUUAAAUAUGUUUACUUUGAUACCUUUGUUUCCUGUUUGCAUUUUACUACUUCUUUAUGAAAAAGAGAUCUCCGCAAUACGAUGUUACCAGUGUGAUAGUAAUGAAGAUCAUUCAUGUCCAGCUAGAAGAUAUUUUGACACGAGACUGAAUGCAAUGAUCGACUGUAAUAGUUUCUUAUCUCAUUCACCUGGAACAUUCUGUGUUAAAACAUAUCAAGAAAGUACUGGUUGGAAUUCAUGGAUAAAGAUAACGAGAAGUUGUGGUGCAAGAACGGAUUAUGGAUUAGCAUGGAGUUGUCGUUAUUGGUUUGAAGAACAAGGUAUCUAUAAAGAAGUUUGCUAUUGUCAAGAUAGAGAUGGUUGUAAUUCAGCAAUAAGACAAAUGAAUUCCGCUUAUAAAUUAACUUUAGUCUUUAUACAAUUAUUAACUUUUACCUUCAUUUAUAUCAAAAAAUAUUGAUGAUAAUAAUUCUUCUUCCUAGGUGCACAAUCUCAUAUCAAUUUAGGCGCGAAAUACUAAUGCGCGCGAAAUUCGUUUGACUGAUAACCUUGAAUACUAGUUAGAAAUCGUAAUAUUCAUUGAUUUCUAUGUUAUCCUGAUAUAUAUGUAUUCAGAUAGCUAGAAUGUACACACGCAACCACACAGUUAUGCAAAUGUACUGCUAUAACAAAGAGACAUAUGUAAACACAGAGCAUUUGUUAUGAUUUAAAAAC